AAGGGUCUAACAAGCUGCAUACUUCUCUGCAAAUUUCUUUUUCAUUUUUCCUUUUGGUUGAAAAACAGGUCCAUUUGGUGAAAAUUCUUGGAAGUUACUAAAAGUUAACAAGAAGAAAGCAAAUCAGUUUCCUGCUAGUUUCUAAGCUACAACGGCGAUUCUCAUUUUUUUUUUCUCUCUUUAUCUUUCUCUGCUCAGGGAAAUUACACUAUAAUCUUCCUUCACCACUAGUAUAUAAACCCUUAGCUAAAUGAACCCAAGCAUUGUAUACAAAACCAUUGAAUAUGACUUCUUCUUCUUCCUUUUAUCCAGUAAAAAACAUGAUGUCUAAAGACUUGAAAGAGGGGAGGAGAUCGAGCCAGCAAUCUUCACUGCAACUGAAGACCAAUAAUUCAGUAAUUAUAUUCUCCAAAGAUUAUGCAGAUUCUCCGUGGUGCUUGGUUGAACUUGCGAAGAUCUUGCAGUGCAAGGACAAACAACUAUAGAAAGCAAUUCCUGUGUUCUACCAUGUUGAUUGUUGGUUUUAAGAUGAAGAAAAACAUAGGCUAAAAACAAAAAUGUAUUGAGAAAGGAAAGUCACAUUAUUUCAUUCAUGAAAGCAUGUAUUUCUACAUAAAAACUUUACUGAAAAUGCAUGAAAAAAAGGAGAAACAACUAGUUCCCAUAAAUCUCAUAUUUGAUUUUCCUAAAUACUUGGCUUAAGACAUUCUUUUUUUACAAUAAAUGAGACAUUUUCCAACACUCCUCCAUGCAUCUUUUGCUGCAGUUUUGAAUUCAUCAUCACGCAUCUUCAUUUUCUAGCUUCUAGUUUAACAAUUUUUUUUUUCUGCAUUUUAAAAACUUGCAGGUCUUUUUUGAUGGUGGUGUUGCAUUUUUGAGAAAUCAAAUGAGGCAUCUUCCAACAGUGAUCCAACAGAUGUAGAAAUCCAAACCUCAAGCUUUGGAGAGGCAUUAGCUAACCACAAGAAAGAUUUAAAGGAGAAUUCAGACAAGGUGAAAAAGUGGAGAACUGCAUUGAGCAAAGCAACCAAUUUUUGUGGGGAGGUUGUGACUGAGAUUAGAUUCUCCGUGGUGCUUGGAUGAACUUGUGAAGAUCUUGGAGUGCAAGGACAAACAAGGACAGAAGGUAAUUCCUGUAUUCUACCAUAUAGAUCCAACAGAUGUACGCAAUCAAACUGCGAGUUUUGGAAAAGCAUUAGCUAAGCACGAGCAAGAUUUCAAGGAUAAUUCGGAUAAGGUGCAAAAGUGGAGAAUUGCAUUGAGCAAAGCAGCCAAUAUUUCUGGGGAGGUUUUGACUGAGACCAGGAACGAGUUUGAAGUUGUUCAAGAUAUUGCAAACAGCAUUUUGAAAUUUAUGAAGCAUUUUUACCCAAAUGAAGUGCAAAAUCUAGUUGGCCUAGCUUCACGAAUCAAUCAAAUUGAGUCAUUGUUAUGUGUUGGGCUAGAUGAUGAGAUCCGUGUUGUUGGAAUAUGGGGAAUGGGAGGCAUAGGUAAAACAACUCUUGCCAGAGAAGUAUUUAAAAAAAUCUCUUCUCAUUUUGAAGUUUGUUGCUUUUUAGAAAAUGAUAGAAAAAAAUCAUCAAAAGCUAAAUUGGAAAAUAAGCUUCUUGUUGCAAUAUUUGGUGAAGGAAGUUACAAUUCAAGAUGGAUGCUAAGAGCGCACCAACUUCGCAAUAAAAAGGUUCUUGUUGUACUUGACGAUGUAGAUGAUUUUGACCAAAUAGAAUUUUUAGAGAGCACUUGUUUUGGUAUGGGAAGUAGAAUCAUUGCAACAAGUAGAGACAAAAAUGUGUUUGAAGAUAGAGUUCACGGAAUAUAUGAGGUUCCUGCAUUAAUUGAUCAUGAAGCACUUCAGCUUUUUAGCAUAUAUGCCUUUAAACAAAUCCAUCCCAAAGGAGAUCAUAUGGAGCUAUCAAGUACUGUUGUCAGUUAUGCCGGAGGAAACCCUUUAGCUCUUAAAAUUUUGGGUUCAUUUCUGCGUGGCAAGAACAAAGGAGAAUGGGAAAGUGCACUAAAGAAACUUAAGAAGGUUCCUCACAAGAAAAUACAAGAUGUAUUGAAAAUAAGUUAUGAUGGGCUUGAUUUUGAGGAACAACAAACAUUUCUUCACGUUGCUUGCUUCUUUAAAGGGGAACCACUACGUCAUGUAGAACGACUUCUAAAUGCUUGUGAUAUUCAUGCCCAAAUUGCCAUAAGAGUACUUAAUGAUAAGUCUUUGAUUACCAUAUCAAAUAGUUGUGUGCAUAUCCAUGACUUGCUACAAGAAAUGGGUAGAGAUAUUGUUCGUCAAGAAUGUAUGAAAGAGCCAGGUAAACGUAGCAGGCUAUGGAAUCAUGAGGAUAUUUAUCAUGUAUUAACAAAAAAUAAGGGGACUAAAGCAGUUGAAGGCAUAUUUCUAGAUAAAUCAAAAUUAAAUACACUAUAUUUGGCUCCCACCAUCUUUUCUAAAAUGAAUCAAAUAAAAUAUCUCAAAUUUCAUUAUUCAAAUGUUAAUGUGGACAACGUUUGGAGUUGUGAUGAACUCAUCAAAUAUGUUCCCAAUGAUGUGCACUUUCCUGAGGGUCUUGCAUCUCUUCCAGAGGAACUAAGGUUUUUGCAAUGGCAUUUUUAUCCUUUGAAGUGUUUGCCAUCACAAUUUCAUACGGAGAAACUCGUGGAGCUUAACAUGUCUGGUAGCCAUGUUAGAAGUCUUUGGAAUGGAGUGCAGCAGAAUCUUGCAAAUUUGAAAGUUAUCAAACUACGUCACUGUAGAAGCUUGAUUGAAAUGCCUAACCUUAGUGGGGCAAAGAAUUUGGAGACUCUAGACUGUCGAGGGUGUACAAGUUUGGUUGAGAUUUGCCCAUCUAUUGGAUGUCUCCAAAAGCUUCAAUCAUUAGAAUUGUCAUAUUGUAGAAAUAUAACAAGUUUGCCAAGUACCAAAGGUUUGACAUCUUUUGAAACACUUAUUCUCUCUUACUGCUCAAAAAUAAAAAGGUUUCCAGAGAUUCCAGAGAGUAUAGAAACCUUACGAAUGAAGGGAACAGCAAUAGAAGAAAUACCCUCAUCAAUUGGUUUGCUCUCUCGACUUAAGGUACUAAGUUUGCGUGACUGCAAAAACCUUAAGAUUCUCCCAAACACAUUUUUCCAAUUGGGACAUCUUGAUAACCUUUCUAUAUGUGGGCCAUAUGUCAAUCCAUUAGUGCUUAUAAGUAAACUUGCUUCCUUUUCGUCCUUGACUAAAUUAUCUCUACAAGGAAGCAAGUUUGAGACCUUACCUUCAAGCAUUAAGCUUGUUUUGGGGCUUCGAGAACUCUACUUGAAUUAUUGCACAAGGCUUCAAUCUUUGCCACAUCUUCCACUGUAUUUGGUUGUUCUGAAUGCGUCUUAUUGCACAUCUUUGCGAGCAGUUUCAAACUCACUAAUGGCACUCACACAAGAUUGGGGAUUUUUUUAUUUUGUGAAUUGCGGAAGUUUGAAUCAGCAGGAACAUAGAAACAUUCUAAGACUUGUGCGACACAGAAUAUUACAUGUGGCACAUGUAACAAUCAAACAAGGUCAGGAUGUUUAUAGCAGCGACAAAUUUUUGGCAGAGCAAUUGACCUUCAUUCUUCCUGGAAAUAAAAUCCCAAAUUGGAUCCAACAUCAAAGUGAAGGAGAUUCAAUUACUGUUCCUCUACCUUCAGAUUGGUACCACAAUUUCUUGGGUUUUGCACUGAGUGCGGUUUUUAAAUUGGGCCAUACAACAAAUCCUAGGUGGAUGAAAUUGGAAUGCCAGUUGAAUUCCAACUGUGGCGAAAGCUAUUGUAUAUCUGCAAAGUUUGACUAUUGGGAAUCAGAUGGAUUUCGACCGACAGAGCAAUUGUUUGUGUCCUACAGUAACAAGUUUUGUAUCAAUCUUGAGGAUAAAGGAGGCAGCGUGCCAUGUUAUAAUGAGGCAUUAUUUAAGUUUCUGGUUGUAGACGAGUAUGGCAAUUCUUUGGCUUCUUCCUUGCUGAAGUGUGGGGUCCAACUACUCCAUGAUGGUGAUGAAUCAAGUGAGGACCCAAGUCACAACUGUUCUUUUGAUGAUGAUGAGGUUGAUAAAUCCAGUCAAGUGGCACAUUCAACUUUGUUCAGGAAGAAGAGGAAGAAGAGGAAGCUGCAGAUGAAACUAGUAGGUAAGAUGAAGAGGAAGUGGUUGAUGAAUCCGGUGACAUGUGCAGCUACAUUGAGGAAGAAGAGGAAGAUGAUGAAAUAAGUAGUAGGUCAGAUGAUGAGGAUGAAACCAGUGAAGAGGAAGAAGAUAAGGUAUGAUUAUGAUAAAGAGGAAGAAGAGAAAGCUGCAAAUGAAAUAAAUAGGAGAGAUCAAGAGGAUAAGGAGUCCAGCGACACGUUCAGCUUAAUGAGUAAUAAAUUUUAUCAAUUUCUUAUGUUGAUCCACUUUGUGACAUCAGACACUCUUUUCUCUACGUAUAAGAUUCAGCAGAUUUUAUUACAAA